GGGUCCCGCGGGGCCUGACAGGCCGAGCGCGGGGUCGGCGCUUCUCGUCCGGCUCGUCGGCGGCGGCGGCGGCUUCCGGGGCGGGGGCGGGGCGGCGGACAGGCCUCACCCGGCGCCGGGGUCCGCGCGGUGGCUCCCCGCCACCGGCGCUUGGCCUGUUACCCAGCAGACCCUUCGCCUCCCAGGAGCCUGUGCGCCCGCCCUUCACCCCCGCGGUCGCCGGGUGCUCGCCGUCCCCGCGUCGCUCGAAGCGCAGGCUCGCACGAUGGCGGCGGCGGCGGCGGCGGCGGAGGCGGCCCCGACCCGCCCCGCGCAGGCGUCUGUGACCUUCGAGGACGUGGCCGUGACCUUCUCCCAGGAGGAGUGGGGGCAGCUGGACGUGGCCCAGAGGACCCUGUACCAGGAGGUGAUGCUGGAGACGUGCACGCUCCUGGCGUCUCUGGGGUGCCCCGUGCCCAGACCCGCGCUGACCUGCCCGCGGGAGCAGGAGCAGGAGCAGGAGCUGUGGACAGUGAGGACCGAUCUCUCCCGAGGCGCCCGUCCAGGUGAGAAAGAAAGAGCUGAGACCACAGAACCCGCUGCUUGUGAGCUCGCCCUGCCUGAGCGACCCUCACUUCUAAAACUGCUAAUACAAGGAGCCGAGCCCCCCGCAGGCUUCCAGGCGGGCCGGACCGCGGGCUGGAACGGGCCGUGGGAAGUGCCCGGCGGACAGUCGGCGUCGGGGAUAGACCUGCAGGAGGAGAAGCUUCCUAGGAGACCCCGCUCGGAGCACGGCGGCUUUGGGACGGCGGAGGGUGUGUGCGUGAGGGCCGUGCGGGAGCCGGCCCCCACCGUGCGAGCCCUCCUGGAGCACGACUUGUGCAGGCUGGGCGCAGACCGCAUGGCUCCGGGCGGGGAGGGCCUCUUCACCUGCAGCGAAUGCGGGAAAGUGUUCAACAAGAAGCGCCUCCUGGCCCGACACAUGUGGAUUCACUCGGGAGUGAAGCCCUACGAGUGCACAGAGUGUGGGAAAACCUUCAGUAAGAGCACGUACCUCCUCCAGCACCACAUGGUCCACACGGGGGAGAAGCCCUACAAGUGCGCGGAGUGCGGGAAGGCCUUCAGCCGCAAGUCACACCUGACGCAGCACCAGCGGAUCCACAGCGGAGAGAAGCCCUACAAGUGCGACGAAUGCGGGAAGGCCUUCACCCACCGCUCGACGUUCGUCCUCCAUACCAGGAGCCACACGGGGGAGAAGCCCUUCGUGUGCAAGGAGUGCGGCAAGGCCUUCCGGGACCGGCCGGGCUUCAUCCGGCACUACAUCAUCCACAGCGGCGAGAACCCCUACGAGUGCUUCGAGUGCGGGAAGGUCUUCAAACACAGGUCCUACCUCAUGUGGCACCAGCAGACCCACACGGGGGAGAAGCCCUACGAGUGCAGCGAGUGCGGGAAAACCUUCUGUGAGAGCGCGGCCCUCAUCCACCACUACGUCAUCCACACGGGGGAGAAGCCCUUCGAGUGCACAGAGUGCGGGAAGGCCUUCAACCACCGGUCGUACCUCAAGAGGCACCAGCGCAUCCACACCGGGGAGAAGCCGUACGUGUGCGCGGAGUGCGGCAAGGCCUUCACCCACUGCUCCACGUUCAUCCUGCACAAGCGGGCCCACACCGGGGAAAAGCCUUUUGAGUGCAAGGAAUGCGGUAAAGCCUUCAGCAAUCGGGCCGACCUCAUCCGGCACUUCAGCAUCCACACCGGAGAGAAGCCCUACGAGUGCGGUGAGUGCGGGAAGGCCUUCAACCGCAGGUCGGGCCUCACGAGGCACCAGCGGAUCCACAGCGGGGAGAAGCCCUACGUGUGCAGCGAGUGUGGGAAAACCUUCUGCUGGAGCACCAACCUCAUCCGACACGCCGUCAUCCACACCGGGGAGAAGCCCUACGAGUGCAGCGAGUGCGGGAAGGCCUUCAGUCGUAACUCGUCCCUUACGCAGCAUCAGAGGGUUCACACGGGGAGAAACCCCAUCGGUCGGUCCUACGACUGCGGCGAGUGCGGCAAGGCCUACAGCCGGAGCUCCCACCUGGCGCAGCACCGGCGGGUGCACACCGGGGAGCGGCCCUACGCCUGCGGGGAGUGCGGCAAGGCCUUCAGCCGCAAGGACACGCUGGCCCAGCACCGGCGCUUCCACACGGGCGAGCGGCCCUACGCCUGCAGCCAGUGCGGGAAGCUCUUCAGCCAGAGCUCCCACCUGAUGGAGCACUGGAGGAUCCACACCGGGGCCCGGCCCUACGAGUGCGCCGAGUGCGGCAAGUUCUUCAGCCACAACUCCAGCCUCGUCAAGCACCGCAGGGUCCACACGGGCACCCGGGCCCACGUGUGCCCCAAGUGCGGGAAGGCGUUCGGCUGCAAGGACACGCUGGUGCAGCACCAGGUCACCCACACCGGGGCCCGGCCGCACGCCUGCGGCGCCUGCGGGAAGGCCUUCAGCCGCAAGGACACGCUGGUGCAGCACCAGAAGACCCACACGGGGGAGCGGCCGCACGCCUGCGGCGCCUGCGGGAAGCGCUUCAGCCACAACUCCAACCUGAUCGUGCACCAGCGGGUCCACACGGGGGCCAAGCCCUACGCGUGCGGCGAGUGCGGGAAGCGCUUCAGCCACAACUCCAGCCUCGUCCUGCACCAGCGCGUGCACUCGGGCGCCAGGCCCUACGCGUGCGGCGAGUGCGGGAAGGCCUACAUCAGCUCCUCCCACCUCGUCCAGCACAGGAAGGUGCACACGGGCGCCAGGCCCUACGCGUGCGGCGAGUGCGGGAAGCGCUUCAGCCGCAGCUCCAGCCUCGUCCUGCACCGGCGGGUGCACACGGGAGAAAAGCCGUACGUGUGCGGCGCCUGUGGGAAGGCCUACGGCAGGAGCUCCCACCUGGCCCGGCACCAGAAGGCUCACACGGGAGCGAGGCCUCACGACCGCGACGGCUUGGGGGGCCCUUUGGCGGCGUCUCUUGGACUCGGGUAGCCCCGGAGGCUCACGCCAGAGAAGGGCCUUAGGAGUGAGGGCGUGUGCCGCCUCCGUGUUCGUCCUCAGCGCCCGCACCGGAGGGCGCUGUGUGCGCACCGGCCUGCAGGGAGCCCCGUCCCUGCUUGCACCGGCCUGGGACACCCCUGGAGAGUCUUCAUGAGGGACAGUGCGCUUUCCCAGCCGUCCGGUGCCUCUGGCAGAGCCAUCGCUGCCGCCAGCUGCCAGGGUGCCACAGGUGUCAGUCACCCAGGAUGCUCAGGGAAGGCAGACCCCUGCACACGCUCACUCCCUGGAGGGAAUCCGAGUGUCCGAGCCACAGAAGGUCCUCACUUCCCUGACGGGGUUCUGAUGGGCGUGGUCGAGCUCUGGCCCCAGGAUCCGAGCGGGAGGCUGCUGGGGAUUGCCCACACAGGCUUCUCUUCUCCAAGUAGCAGGGGCUCUAAGCACGAGAGCCGUGAGCCAUUGGCCCUCUGCCACCCACACACCGUGGUCUGCUGCCCCGCUCCAGUGUGCCGCGGGGCAGGCCUGCAGGGGGCGUGGCAGCUCCAGGAGGCCUGCUCCCCGUGGGCCGUCCACUGAGAGGAACCCGGGUGCAGCCAGCACGCAGAGAGGGACACCUGUGUUGGCACCAACCUCGUGUGCCUGAGAAGGGACAGCAGGAGGGCAGAGGACAGGCCUCGGUCCACGUUGGCCCAGUUUGCACUAUUGUCCGAGGCUCGAGAGAAGCGACUGGAGACCGUGUGUGCCUGAGCCUGCAGCCUGCGAGCCCAGGCUUCCUGGAGCCCGGAGUCCACGCUGAGAAACCGCCGGUGCUUCUGGGAGCACCGUGCUUAGGAGACGUCCCAUCCUCCCCGGCACCUUUGGGGACCUCUGUCCCUGGAUCCGUGCAGGAGCCGUCCCCGGUGACCAGAAUGCAUGGGCAGGUGUCAGCCGCUGGAGGGCCACAGGGCAGCGUGCGAGUCAUGCUCCGUGUACAAUAUUGGACCUCUGCGCGGGGCUGACCGGCAGACGAGAGGGUCUGUGUCUGUUACAGAGGCCAUCUACAAAGGCCGUCGAGGCAGAGAGGGCACAGGUCUCAGGACCUCGUGCGUCUGCGUCUCCUGUGUCUCCUCUCCUCCCUGGCUGCUGAGGCCUGGCCAUCACUGCCCCGCACUGAGAGGAGGCGGGAGGGCCCGGAGGGCGGGUGUGUGACAUGGAAAUGGACCUCACGCCUCUCUCCGGGGCUCACCCUUCUACAUCCUGGGGCCAGAGACCUGGUAGCACAAAAUAGCUGCCACAUGAGACGUGGCAGGAGGGAGGGCAAGUACGCGUAUUUUUAUCGAGGUGUGAUUGGCAUGAAAGACAGCACAUAUGAGGAGCGUGACAUGCUUCGUAGUGUGUACAUCAUGUGUACAAGCCUGAGGAAACAUGACCGAAACCAGGACAGUGACCAUGUCCAACAGCAGCACAGGGGCCCUGUUAGAGGCCUUUCCUCCCAGCCUUUCAAACCGUUUCCCACAAUUUGCAAACAGCAGCCUUUUCUAGGUUUUUGUGCUUUCUGCUGGAAAUGGGAUUCUGGUUCUUUUCACUAAUCAUAAUGGUUUUCAGAUGAACUCAUCUUGUUACAUGCACCAAUGGUUCAUUCAUUUGUACUGUUAGGGGUUAUUCCAUUGUAUGGAUAUUUGGGUGGUUUUCCAGUUUGGGGCUAUUGCAAAUAAAGCUGCUGUGAAUAUCAUCAGUGUGUGUGAU